AACCCCACUGAGGGACAAGAGUGCAAGAAAAUGGAUGGAUGAAUGAUUUAUUUUAUUUAUAUACUCUCCCUCACCCCCUGUGCCUCUCUCCCUUCACACCUGCAAUCCGUUUGCCUAUCAGCCUGGUCUUUUGUGGUAGAUUGCUUAAGCAAAAAAUACUUAAGCUCCUCUCUUCCAGUCACUCCUUGCUGGUUCCUUACGUUUCUCCCCGUUCGACCCUGUUUCUCCUCAUUUCUCCAUGUUCACUAUUCCUUGGGCUUAUUAUUGGUUUUCUGCACCAAGCUCUGACCCACCUGGAGAAUCCUGGAAGCACUGUGAGGAUUAUGUUUGAAUUUCAGUGUUUUUAACAAAAUCCAGCCUGGACUUCUAAGGGAAAAGCUGGAGCUGUCAGGAGUGGACCACCACAUAUCCCACUGGAUACUGGAUUACCUCACUGGUUGCCCAUUGCAUGUGGGGAAACAGGGCUGUGUCUCUGCAGGCUGGUCUGCAGUACAAGAUCCCCGCAGUGAACUGUGCUGACACUGUUUCUCUUCACCCUCUAUACUGCAGAUUUCUCCAUCAACUAUAGGCUGCCAUCUACAGACGUUCUCUGAAUCUGCCAUAUUCGGCCUCAUCACAGCUGAGCUGCACUCAGAGUACAGACAAUAAACUCAGGACUUUGUGGAUCGAAGCCAGCAGAACCACUUCCUGAUCAACAUUGCUAAAACCAAGGAGCUGGUAGUGGAUUUCUACUAACGCAGUCUCGCCUCACUGACACUGGUGAACAAUCUAGCAGACUUUGAAAUAGCGAACUCAUAUAAUUGCCUGGCUGUUCACCUGAACAAUGAACUGAACUGAACUCACAACACUGAUGCAUUUUACAGGAAGGGUCAGAACAGACUCUACCUGCUGAGAAGACUGAGGUUUUUCUGGACUGCUCUCCUGAAGAUGUUCUUCGGCUCUGUGGUAGCAUCACUCAUCUUCUACAGUAUUUUCUGUGGGAGCAGCAGGUUAUCUGCAUCUGAAAGGAGGCAGUUAGAUAAGCUCAUCAACAGGAAGUCAUUUUCCAGAGGAAAUGACGUGCCAUUAUGUCCGCCUGGCCACGCCCUCACCUUACGGGUCUGAACUCUCCUGCUCCUGCCAAGUAUGUUUAGACGGAAGUCAACAAGUUGUGAGCGCCUUAAAAGGAACAUCCUGUUCUUCACCUGGAAGAGGAAACAAAGAAUAAAUGUGAUUUCUGACGAUGACAUGAAACAAGCGCUCCUUGCUUUCGAUCAGGAUCAUCUUGACAAAGACGCAAGAUGUACUUUAAUAAAUCAAGAAGAAUCUCUUUGCGGAUUUUACUGUUUCUCAUCGUCCUCUCCAUCGUUGACGCCAAGAAUGUCAAGAUAUCUGAUAUUAUUGUGGAUGAGGGCACCACCGUAAACAUCAUCAACGUUAAAAACAGCGGUUGCAAAGUGUGUCAGAAAUGCUUGAGCUGGUCCUGGAAUUUCGAACUCGUGUUGCAGCCCAACAGUAAAAAUGACGUUCAGUUUGGCUGUGAAAGACCUCAAGAUUAUUUCAGGGUGGAAAUUGUACGCAACAUAGCAUGCACCUCAACGUCAUGUGACAACAUCGUCCAGUCUGACGUCGGACUCUCAAAUUUAUUGGCUUUCAACCGCAGGUUCAAAUGGAAAAUUGAGGCUGAUUCACAAAAAUCGUUCCAGAUAAACUUCGCUAACACAGGGUUGACUCAGAUUGCUCCGAGUGACAGCUGUGCCGAUAAACACACCUACACUCUCCAUGCAGCAAAAGUUCUCCUAGGGAAAUAUUGCUCUAAUGGGACCAUCAGUAAUGCAACGAUCCAGAGUCAGGGCAACUUCUCUCUGGACCUCCCAGCAGGACAGACGCUAAGCAGUGGCCAGUUUGAUGUGUCACUAGUGGAGAGAAUAACAACCCUUGCCAACAUUUCAGUCACAUUAGAAGAAGGCUCUUUGUCCUCAACGCUGCUGACACCAAACUAUCCGGACAGUUUUCCCAACGCCGACUUGAUGGAGUGGUAUUUUCAGGUCCCCAAUAAUUACAAGACGGCGAUUAAUUUCCACAACCUGAAGCAGCCGACUUGUUUGAAGGACAACGUGGAGGUGACAUACAGAAACAAUGGGACAAUUAGUCAGGUUGUUGGUAUUGAUAAAGUCCAGCCAGAACAGAAUCAGAGAAGAUUCUCACUCAGACUGAGGAAUUGUCAGAUGGACACAGGACCUUCUAAUCAAUUCUCCAUAAACCUCACAGUGACUUCUUCACCAAGUUCUCCAGUUGGAAACAUGAUCACUUUUGAGCCAACAAAGAGAAGUGAGGAGAUAGACUCUCACCUGCAGACCACACUUGGUGUUCUGGCUGCUCUGGUCGUCAGUGCUGCUGUAGUGCUGUUGGUGGUUUACAUUGUGAUGAGGAAGAAGAAAAAGGAGCCCAGGAUGGAGGUGUCAGUCUACAAUUCAGGCGACACCAACAUCCAGACAGGACUCAGCAACUUCCCAGAAGACUGUGAGGAUGGUAUUUACUCCCAAAUUGACGAAACACUAGUCUACUCGCACUUUUUACAAAAAGACGCUGCUUAUCACAUGUAUGAGCCAUGUGAACUUAUGCCUGAGUCGAAAAGGAAACCAGCCAGUGACAAAAGUGGCAAUGACAGCAAUGUGUCGCUCUUCCAGUCUCAACAAGGACACACGUUUCCCAACAACUACAUGGAGUUCAGUGUAGACAACAACGUUAAUGAUUUGGAGCAAAAAAAACAACAAGGGUCGUCCUCCGGCUCUGCAACCACGAAGGCUGAAGGGAGGCGACUGAACAGAUGAUUCAGUUCAGCUUUCUGUUUUCCACUGGACCUUCUUGACCCUUUAGAUUUUACUUCCUCGACAUGUGUAUCAAUCUUGUUUGUUUUUCUGAGGGGUUUUUUGUUGUUUUUUUCCCAGUGACGUUUUUAAGACAACACUGGUGUUCAAAGUUGACUAGCUGUUAUGUUUCCUAUCUCACACGACCAAACUUUUUCUUUAAUUUCUUUCAAAUUGAACUAGUCUAAAAAGAUCUCAAGUUGCUCACUGGGGUGGUGUUUUUCCACUUGUGACAUUGUAUUAAUAUGUUUUUAAACAAAUGAUAAAGCUUCAGUAAAAUUUUGAAUUUUGUCUUAUUGCAAUAGAAGAGAGGACAUUACUUUUACCACUGCAUGCCGUGCUUUGCAAAAACAUUAAUACGCCUUUAACAUUGGAGAAGUGUUCUUGUUUCUUGGCUCAGAUGAUCAGUUGAUGCUUCAUAAAUACUAAGGUUUUUGCUUCUCAGCUUUACCCUGAAUAAAUUAAACUUAAUAUCUGAUGUAAUUCUUUAAAAAGGAAUAACACCUUUAGAAAAACUUUGAAUAUGUCAAAGAGUUUGCAAGAAUGCACCAAGGUCUAAUUAUAAUAGAAAACAGUAUUCUAUACUGGGACCAACAUCAUUAUGUAUUGUAUGCCUUCGUAGAUAAUGUCAGUGUAAACUGUACCAUAUCACAGUGUUUGUAUAGUUUUAAAUCUUUUUAGAACGUUUUUCACCUUAUACAAAGUUUAGGACUUUUUCACAGAAAACUGAUCUUUACAGUGUCUUGUCAAUGUGGACUAUUUAGCCAUUGGUAACAUUUCUUAUUUAAUAAAACCAAAGCAAAUAUAUGAAUGAGCAAAUAUUAGUUCAUGUUGUUAAACUUUCAGAUAGACUUAAAUGCUUUAUGAACUGGAUUAAUGUAACUUUAUUCCUAAUUAUAUUUGCAUAUGUAGACAUGAAUGUUGCUCCCGUCUCUUCUUCCUGUCUUCACACUCUCGCCCACUUCUUUUCAUGUUUCCGUGAUCUGCCCUUCCUCCAGUAAUUUCCGUGACAAUCAGUCACGUAUGCCAGAAAUACAGAAGAGGAUUAGAGCCACUGAAACUAAGAAGAAAAGAAAAAAUCUGACCUUUUUCUCAGAAUUCUGAUAUUAAAGACAGAAUUCAAUUUUUUCAGUGACUCUAAUCUUCUUCCUUACAGAAUUGUUUUUAUGUUUGUUCAGUUUGUUAAAAGACUUUUGUCCCUCAGGGCCGUCUUGACAAUAUUUCCCAACAUUCAUGUCAGAAUGAAACAGCAUUCCUUUUACAGCAGUAGGAGGGAUUUUACUGUAAAACCAACACAGGACUGAAAUGAUUUCAUGGAAAGAAAUCUGCUGAUUUAGUAGAUGUUUUAUAUGUGCUUAUAUUCAUUAUUAGACUUCACCAAAUGCUGAGUUAAUAUUAAUCAAAUUGUCAAGCUUUUAGGUUUUGUUUCCUGUGCGAUUCCCCACUUGAAAGGGAUAGUCUCUACGGUGAAGCUUUUAACUGGAUUUUACUCAAUAAAGAACCUUCAUUUUAGCUGA